AUGGCGCAGGAGAACGCAGAGGCGCGCGCGUCGUCGCGCUCUGCGAGUCGAGAUGCAGCCGUCGCCUCCUCGACAGACAACUGCCUCAUCCGCUGCUCUUCUGGGCAGGCAGAAUCCGCUACUGUCGCCGCUCAGCGGUCUUCGCUGCGUUUCCUCUCCUUUCCUUCUCUCGUCCCAGUGGCAGCAAUCGCCGCGGCCUCGCGCCGCCUCGAUGAGCAGCUCUCUGCGCCUCCGCCGUUCGCGAGCGGCGCGCACUGCGCGAGUCUCUCAGUCUUCGCGUCCGCGGAUUGCAGACAGAGAGAGAUGCUGCACCACCGCGCAGAGGCUGAGCUCCUCGCGCUGGAAAAAACCCAGCUUGAGCGGCUGCAGGCGCGCGAGAGCCGCGAACAAGAAAUCCAUCGUCUGCUGCGAGGCAGCCUGUCAGAGCCCUACAGCAUCUACACCCUUCGCCAUUUCCUCCACGGCUGGCCGCAGCUCACUGUGCUCGCCUACGACGGGGCGGUGUGUGCGGGCGUGUGCGUCUGCAAGCUUGACAUGAAGUCGCGCCGUAGGCGAUCGGAGUCUCGUCUUUCUCUGCGCACAGCCAGCGAGCGGCGUCUUUUUUCGCCGCACGGCUGCGACCGUGACCGCGGCGUCGCAGAAGAAAGCAAAGAGGCGGGAUGGGUGCAGCAAGAGCGGCUCUCAGCGGGUCGCUGCAACGCAGUUUUUGGACUUUUUCAACGCGACGAGGAAGAGGAAAGCGUCCGCAAAGGCUACAUCGGCAUGCUCGCGGUCCUGCCUGCCUACAGACGCCGCGGCCUCGGGAGCCGGCUGGUGGAGUGCGUGCUGUCACGGAUGGAGAGAAAAAACGGAAUAUCCGAAAAAAUCCAGAAAAAAAAAGACGAAGCGACGGGAAGAGUCUGCGCGCGUCUGGAUGGGGAGUCAAGGCUGCCAUGCUGUCCCGAGGGCAGCGGCCGCGAAGAAGAAUCGAGCCGCGUCAGUUCGCUCAGGGCGGCUGCGGCGGCGCACAGCGGAAGGCCAUGCAGCGGGGAGAGAAUAGAGAAGAGAGCGGAGAGAGAGGCAGACACUGCGGACGAGGAGGGCGAUGAUACGGAGCCCGAGGGCGAGGGGGAGGAAGCCAAGGCGAAAACCCAAAAGAUCGUCAGCUGCCGCAUCGAGACUGAAGCAGUCAACACGGGUGCGCUGCGCCUGUACGAGUCACUUUCUUUCGUGCGCGUGGCGCGCAUGCAGAGAUUUUACCUAAACGAAAGCGACGCCUUCAAACUCACGCGCUCCUUCGAAGAUGAGCGAUUUCUUCCUCAGUCGACGUCGGGCGUCAAAGGGCAGUCCCGGUUUGAAAGGAUUCAAAGCAUCAUUAAAACGUCUUCCUGCUGGUGGUAG